GUUUUGAAGAGGGGGGGAGAGGGGGGGGGGGUUGAUGUCAAGCAAGAUCUAGUCGAUGGGGGCAAAAGUUUUGCUCUUCUCUUCUUCCCGUCUGCUGACUGAGCCUUCGGUUCUGAGCGCUGAGAAUUUUUCUUUCUUUUCUUUUUUGUCACUUUUUUCCUUCUCUGCUCUCUGCCUUUUACCUGGCCGGCACAGGCGCUGGCAUGGAUUUGCGAUGGGCUGGGUUUAUUAUGGGCUGGGCGGGCAGAACCCAUCCGUUGUUUCUCACGCCCAAUUCGCCAGCAGUGACAGGGGGUUGCGUUUUCCCUUCGGCACUGCCCCCAGCUGCUGCCUGUGAUUUGUACCGCUACCUAGCCCCGAGGUACCCUUCCAAGUCUCUUUCAGUGCUCGUACAUCCACAUCCAUGCGAUCCAUUUGCUGUGAUGACAUCGGUUACACAAAACAUCCAGACUCCCACUGUACGAACCCUGUCCUUCCGCUCGGAGCAUCACAUCGCUUCAGGUCAGGUCGGGUCAGGUUCAGGGUCCGGCAUCGAGCAAACGGGAUGCUGCUCAGCCCUAUCUAUCCGCCACAUCGAACGCGCAUCUCCAUCUCCAUCUCCCCCCCCUCCAUCAUCCUUCAGAUUCCCUCGACAUGCUCCGUCCAGGUAUCCAAGCUGAGGUGUACGGGUAGCACACGAGUCACUGAUACUGUACAGCACUGCAG